AUGAAUCAAGAGACCUACCGAUCCAUCUGCCCUCCCAGAGGCACUGCCGAGGCUUGCAGUCUCACUGUUGUGCUGCGCGCCAUCUUCAGCCUCCUUAAACCCAACGAGCGCGAGGAAUGGUUGUCCCACAACAUUGCUUUCCUCAAAGUCUCCCUCGACGACAAGCUCAUGCUCGACCGAGACUAUGAGCAGCAGCAGCGAGAGGCCACCAGAGCCCUCCUUGAGUCGGGCUACGAGGGUGAGACCCCUUCGCCAUACAUCAAGUUGGCCGAGUGCGAGCUCCUGAUGAACACGCUGUGGGCGUCUUCUUCAAUGAAUCUGAUCAGCAAAUUCCUUUUGCGCACGAAGAACGGCGACAAGUGGUCGGAAUGGGGUCCCGUCAACGUCACUGAUCGUGACUUGACCAGUUGGGGCCUGGUCGAUUACGACAUGACCAAGGAGAAGGAGGGCACGAGCCUGGAAGAGGUUGCAAGCAGGCGCCUGGCCCUCUUUGAGAAAAGCGAGACUCGUCAUUUCGCUCCGCUAUUUGCAUGCCCGCUGAUCAUGCGAGUACGCCACGUCCCUGGCCAGCCGGUGCGUAUCGACGACAAUGGCAAGGAGACUGAACUCGUUCGUCUAUAUAAGCCGUGGGGUGAUCGCAUCACAACCAAGUGUGAGGACAAGACGGUGAGCGCUCACUACAUGGACGAUGAGUGGAAUGUCGGUGAGCCUGGAUUUGUGUACAUGCUGUACUACCUCCGGGUUAGCGACUUCAGGCCUGAAGACCCAGGUGACGAUCAAUUUGUCCCGUUGUCCGAUGAGGCUCUGCGCAUCAUAGCCUGGCUUUCAACUGGGGCCGAGGAAGUCAAGAAACAGAUGGCUGAGAGGAAGGCGCGCCAGAGCGCUGCCAUGGGCGAGCCGCCUCGCGCCGAGUCAAGCUCCAGCAACGCUACCCGCGACUACACUGCCCGCGACAACAUUACCCGCGACAUGUCGACGUCGAAGACCACCGAGUCGAUUAUCUCUGGCCCAGUCGACCAGCAGUGA